GUUUCUUUGGGAAACAAGCAAUUACUUUGAUUACAUAGCCAUAAAAUAUGAUGAAGAAUAUAAUUAUUUUUUUCCAUGGCAACACUCUAACUGAAACCAAGGUCAGAUUGCAUUUCAAGUGGACAUGGGAGGGGCGGAAAGAGGCUGAAAGCAGCCUUCCUUCUUCUGGUAAUUGGACUUGUGUAUUCUGAGCUGAUGAAUUCAGACAUUCCUCGUGGGGUUGCAAAUAGUAGGAAACUGCACAUAGUUCAUGGUUUGUUUGUUGGCAUAGCAAUUGUGGGCCGGAUCCUGCAUCGUCUGGGUAUUUGUCACCAGGUCAGCUUUAUCCGAUGGUUUGUGGCCCAUUUUCUGACUUGCGUAAAUCCAGUUCCUGCGGGCCUGCGAGUGAAGGACCUGAAGUUUUGUGAGGUGCCAGUGCGUGUCUAUGAACCUACCACUGUGUGUGACGGCCUCAAAAGAGGACUUGUGUAUUUCCCUGGAGGAGGAUGGGUGUUGGGCAAUAUAGAUUCUGUUGAUGAGGUCUGUCGACACAUUGCCAAGGAGUCAAACACGACUGUUGUUUCCGUUGGUUACCGAUUAGCUCCUGAGCACAGGUACCCUGCUCAGCUGGAUGAUUGUGAGACAGCGACGUGUCACUUCCUGUCUGUGGCUGAGGUAGAGUUCAGUGUGGACUCUCGCAGAGUGGCAGUCGGAGGAGACAGCACUGGGGCUAACCUGGCAGCAGCGCUGUGCCAAAGGAUAGCGAGAAGAGAGGACAGACAUCUGCCGUCCCCUUGCGCUCAGGUCCUCAUCUACCCAGCUCUGCAGAUGGCAGAUUUCAACCUGCCCUCAUACCAGCAAAAUCAUGCUGUGCCCAUAUUGUUUCGUGGCCGAAUGGCUUUCUAUUUCCUGCAGUACCUCAAUGGGGACAUGUCUGUGUGCCAAGAUGUUCUGGAAGGCAACCAUGUCCCUGCUGAGCUCAGGCCACGCUACAAGGAGUGGCUCUCCCCUUCCAACCUUCCUCCAGAGUGCCUUGCACGGGGUAUCUGUGAGCACCCAACCCCAGAAUUUGAUGGGGAGGUGUAUCACACGAUCAAAGCUGGUUUAGAACCUGAGGUCUCACCUUUACUUGCAGAUGAUGCUGUAAUUCAGAAAACCCCUCCCACCUUCAUCCUCACCUGUGAGUAUGAUGUCCUGAGAGACGAUGGGAUUCUUUACAGAAAACGACUGCUGGACUUAGGAAGGGAUGUCACAUGGCAACAUAUAAUGGAAGGUUUUCAUGGCAUGGUUAACUUUUUUAACCAGGGCUGGCUCACCUUUCCCUCUGCAGUACAGGUUGUGGAUAGUGUUGCUGACUAUAUGAAAACACUGUAAUGCAAUGUAUCUUGUUUUACAUUUUAAUAAACAAAACUGUUCUCCA